UAAAGGUAUAAAACAAACUAGUGAAUUUUAUAAUAUGAGAGAUACAACUUUAUGUAAAAUCACAGAUUCGUGCCCAAAUCUACAAUACCUAAAACUUGAAUCUUCUAAACUAUCUGAUAUAUCAUUGGAAAAAGUUGCCCGCUUAUGUACUAAUUUGCGUUGCUUAAAAUUGGAUUAUAAUAAACAUAUUACCGAUACAUCUAUAGUCCUAAUUGCAGAAAACUGCUCAUAUAUAGAAUAUCUUGGUUUAUGCGGGAGUAAUAUUACUGAUGCAUCAUUAAAACAGAUUGCUAAAUCAUGCUCAAAACUUUACAGUCUAAGUUUAAUUGAUUGCCAAAAAAUAACUGAUGAAGGUAUAUGCGUAAUUGCUUCAGCAUGUCUGAAUAUGCAAAAAUAUAUAUUGGAAGGGUGUGAAGAGAUUACUGAUAUAUCAGUUAAAAAAAUUGCGCAAUCCAACCCAAAUCUUAAAUAUCUUAACUUUAGUUGGUGCCUUGUAUUCGAUGAAUCCAUUUGUGCAAUAGCGCGAUCGUGCCCAAAACUUGAACAGCUUUAUCUUGAAGGUUGCAAUAUUACUGAUAUAUCUAUGUCCACAUUAGCAAAUUUACGCAAUCUCCAGAAGCUUGAUAUUGAGGAAUGCGAGAAAAUCAGUAUAAAUGCAAUCAUAUCCUUGUAG